AUGGACAACACUCUGCUGGACGACCACGACCCGCCACGCAUCAAGCUCUGCGACUUUGGCUUCGCUCGCAAUUGGAUGGGGGAGCCGGAGAUGACGACAAUCACGGGGACGCCGGAUUACAUGAGCCCGCAGCUGCUGGGUGCCAAGCUCGGGCUGGGUGGCCCCUCGUCCAAGCCGCUGUACGACGGUACAAAGGCUGACAUCUGGGCGGCGGGCGUGAUGCUGUGCGUGAUGCUGAUCGGGCGCUUCCCCUUUGAGGGCAUCGAGAUGCACAACGUCCACAACCUCGAGGACGUCAGCGCCCACGUGUGGCAGAUGCAGACGCAGGCGACGGACAAGUGGCACGCCAACCCGCUGAUCGCCCACGACUGCGGCAUGCUGAGCCCCGACUGCAUCGACCUGCUUGACCGCAUGUUUGAGCUGGAGGAGCCCAAGAGGAUCACCGUGGCCGGCAUCAAGCGCCACCCAUGGUUCAACCGGCAGCUGCCGUCGCAGUAUGGGGGGGCGCUGGAGCAGCUGGCUCGAGAACAAAAGGCGAUUGACCAGCAGGUGGCCACUGGCGCGUUUGUGUGCCGAGACCGCGACAGCGCACUCAAGGCCAUGGUGUACCAUGCGGCAUCCCCCUACAACCCGGACGCCGAGGGCACCUUCACAAUGGGCGGCGCCGAAGGCCAGGACGGCGGCGGCGACCGGGCGGGCGCUGUGCGGAAGAUCAGCCUCAUGACGCAGACAGCUUCCGCCCGCAACGGCGCAGGCUACCUGCUGGCCUCCCAAGGGUCGAGACCUCUAGGGACCAACUCCGUCGGCGCGGCGCAGGCCGCCGCGCGGGCCGCGGGUGUGGCGGCGGCUGAGCAGGAAAUUGCUGCCGUCAUGGGGGGCGCGGCGGCGGGCGGCGGCGGCGGCGAGGAGGAGGAGCAGGCGCGGCUGGUACCGCUGGGCGCAGGGCAGGCUUCUGAGGACGGCAAUGGCUGGUGGCCAGCGGCCGACCCAGAGACAGCAGCGCGUGCCGCUGCAGCGGUCGCUGCGGCGCCCGCAGGGGUCGUGCUGUCUGCGGGCCGCGCGGGGCGGCAGGCGCAAGAGUUGUAUGCCCACUGA